GAUCAGAGAAUGGCUUCCCAGGAUCGCCAGAAUUACCACCAGGAUUGCGAAGCGGUAAUUAAUCGCCAGAUUAACAUGGAGCUCUAUGCUUCUUAUGUCUACAUGUCUAUGUAUGCCUUCUUUGACCGGGAUGAUGUUGCCCUGAAGCAUGUUGCCAAUUUUUUCCAGCAUCAGUCCCAUGAGGAACGGGAACAUGCAGAGAAACUGAUGAAGUUUCAAAAUCAACGAAGGGGCCGUGCGAUCCUUCAGGAUGUCGCGAAACCUGAUCGUCUUGAAUGGAGCAAUACUCUGGAAGCCAUGAGGUGUGCCCUCCAUCUGGAAAAGACUGCGAAUCAGUCUCUGCUGGAGCUGCACAAACUGGCUUCUGACAAGGUCAAUCCUCAUAUGUGUGACUUCCUGGAAACUCUCUAUUUGGAUGAACAAGUCCAGGCUAUCAAGAAGGUUGGUGAUUUCAUCACCAACCUGGCCUGUAUAGGAGCUCCCCAGAAUGGCAUGGCAGAGUACCUGUGUGACAAGCACACCCUGGGAGAGAGCAGCAGCUAA